CCUUUUGCAAACACGAUGAGCCAACAGGAAAUGGCCGCUCGGCGUGCGGCGCUACGCAACGAGUACUGGCGCACGAUGACCAACCCGCAUAACCAUCUGCGUGGGGAAAGCGUCGGUGUGUUCGAUACUGGCCUAGCCCGGUUCCAGGCGAUGCGCGUUAACCACUACGAGCACUUCAAGCCGACCGGACGCUCGUUCAAGAUAGGAUUGUUUACCGUCGUCAUACCGAUCAUCGUGUACGCUAAGAUGAUGCAGUAUGAGCGCAACCAGCGGGAACAUAAGUACCGUACCGGGCAGGUGUCCUACGCUGACCGUCGCUUCAAGUUCAUCUAAAGCUGGAAG